AUGGAGGACACACAAGCGCAGCAGAAGAGCAGCGCAAAGUGCUACGUCGCCAAGGAGGACCUCGUAUGGCAGGGCAAGUGGCUGAAGAUGAAGGAGGUCCACUGGGUGGACCCGCUGGGCAAGGGCCACGUGUGGGAGUCGCUCGAGCGGACCAACCACCGCAAAGCCCCCGUCGAUGCCGUUGAGGUGAUCGCGACGCUGAAGAAGACGGGCCACCCGACCCAGCUCAUUCUCGUCCGCCAGUUCCGACCUCCUACGGCGAUGUACUGCCUGGAGCUGCCGGCGGGGCUGUGCGACUCGGGCGAGGCGCCCGAAGUCACGGCGGUGAGGGAGCUGAAGGAGGAGACCGGCUACACGGCCGAGAUCAUCGACGUCAGCCCUUCGCUCAUUGCCGUGGUGAACGGAGACUUGCCAGAGAACGACAACCCGCCGCUGCAAAACGACAGCGGUGAGUUCACCGAGGUGGUGCUGGCGCCGGUCGACGGCCUCAUCCCGCAAGCGUCGGGGGAGGGCAUCGACGGCAAGAUCUGGCUCAUCGCGCAGACUCUGCGCAGUGCCCAUCUCUUCAGCGCCAAGUAA